AUGGUGCUGCUCAGCCUGAGGCUGGGCCGUCAACUGGUCAGCCCGUGGGCUCGUUAUCGGCAAGGUGGGGCGACUAGUAACUCUCAAGCUCCUCAAGCUCAAAUGACCCUCUCACACACGAUUCCUCUUCACGAUCUCACGUCUUCUUGCCCCCGCUUCCCGCACGAACUCAGGACUUCCUCUUCAUAUAAUCCCCCUCAAUCUCAACCACCCAAUCCCAAUCCAUCUCAUCUGGUCAAAUCAUAUAUUCUCUCAUUUCAAACUGAACUCUCCCUUCAUAUCUUUCCCGGCUCACCAUAG